CCCUCAACACCAAACGGUUAAUAGUAGGAGAGGAGAGAGAGGAGAGAGGAGAGAAUCGGGGCAACAAUAUCAAUGGCAGAGACGGCGACGGAAUCAUCCUCCGGCGAAGACCUAUCAGUUUCUCCGGCAUCGGAAUCGAAGAAGAAGGAGAGAAAUGAGCGUCAAACAUUAGCAUCAAUGGCGGAGGAUCUGCAGCGCAACGUCAUCAGCUCCACCGACUCCGCCAUUCGCUCCGCUCGUUCUCUCCACCACAAUUCCUCCGCUCACUUCCGAAACCUCCAGGAAUUUGUAGCUAAUGCCAAAUCCCACUACAAAACCUAUGAAGAUACUUUCUUCAACACAGUCAAAGAGCACCCAGUUGCAACUGUUGGGGUUGGUGUUGCCUCCGGUCUCCUUCUUCUGCGAGGACCUAGAAGGUUCUUGUUUCGUCAUACAUUGGGCCGUUUGCGAAGCGAGGAGGCACAAUUUGUUAAAGCCGAGAAGAAUGUAAAGGAGCUAAGCCUUUCUGUGGAUGUGAUGAAAAAUGAAAGCAGAAAACUACUCGAAAGGGCAGCUCUUGCGGAAAAGGACAUGAAAUAUGGCCAUACUGAGCUCAUGAAAGCUGGAAAUCAAAUUCAGCAUCUUGCAAAAUCUGUUUACAAGGUUGAAGCUCAAGCUGCAGAUUUGGUGGAUGGCCUGAGGGAAACCCCUGGUAGGGAGGCUUUAAAACUUCGAGCUGAGGUUGCUUCUGUAUUGUCACAUUUAAAAAAGCAGAGGGUUGAGCUGGACAAACGGAUAAUGCAGAUUUCUGACUUAGGAGUACCUGUGUAAUGUAAUAAACACCAAAGUUUUGCCAGGGUACUGCAUACUCUUACCCCAUUUCACUUGUCUUUCUUGUUGAAUCUAUAUUGGUUUGGAUAAAUACCCAAUGAAGAAAAAGAGAUUUUGUCGCCUCACA